CUCCCCGACAGUCUCACGCCCUCUGCCACCUCCCCUCCCUCCACCCCCCUCCUCCGGCAUGGCUCCCCGCCGUCGCCACCACCAGCCGAGUCGGUCCCCCUCGCCGGACUACUCGGUUCUGGGUUUCUUUACGCCCCCGGACAAUCCAAACGAUAUCAACAAUCUUCCGGCACACAUGCGUGUGGGCGUUGGGCCGGCCUCCUCGCGACAGGCCCCGGCACCGGUCAUCGACCUGACGUUCCCGAAUGUCGGGGCAGCUCGACCUGGCCCGGGGGCGGCCUCCUCUCCCCCGGCGGCGGAUGUCGGCCUUUCGAUGGCUCCCGCGGCCGAGGCCGCUUCGUCCAAACCCCCGACUGCUGAAGAGGCAGACCGACCGACGGCCUUUCUGUUGGAUUGCUCCAUUUGCUUGACCUUCAUCCGCCGGCCGAUGGCCACCCCCUGUGGACAUGUCUACUGCCGGCCAUGCCUGCUGGCUUUGCUGAAGGCUGCGUCCCCAAGACACUCGCAGGCCAGCCCGACCUCCCGGGCCCUGUGCCCCAUUUGCCGGGAGCCCAUUUCAUAUCGGAACUGCAUUCGUCUGUUCCUGGACCAGGCGCCGCCCAAUGCCCGCACCACUGUGCUGGCCUCACACGUUCGCAGCCGCACAGACCACUCCGAGGAUGACAGCGCGACGGUGGCGGCGGCGGCCGCGGCUGCGGCGGUGGCGGUGGCACGCCCUCGCCCGCGCCCACGCCCGCGGGGGACACACAUCCCUGGACCCAAUGAGGCGGUGGACAUCUCCUCGCCAGAUGAGGUGGUCUCCAUCCGGCAAACCCCGCCCGGGCCCGGAGUCGAGAUUGAACUCUCGCUGAUUGAUGAUGAAGAGGAGGGCACCCGGUCGGGCGCUGUCGUUGAUGCUGCUGCCGCUGCCGCUGUCGAGGCCAGGGGGACACUCGUCCCCAGUCGCGCGGUUCGCCCCCCGGCGAGCCCUAUGUACCCGCUUGCCGCCGAGAACAGCAUGUCCGAGCUCGAGACCGGGCACCCCGUCGCGUCGGGGACGGGGCAGGGCACGGAAGAGGCCCGGGAAGCGCAGGAACAACAUCGGCGGCAGCCGCCACAGCAGGAGGACUCCCCCUCGAUCGCGGAGUGGGCGGUCGAUUCCAGUACACCGGAAUUCCACCCGGUGCCUCGUAUGGAUGAUGCCAUCAGCCCAGACGAGGGCGCGGCCGGCGCCGGGUGGGAAGACCCAUCAGACAUUGAGCUGAGCUUCGAAGACUCGCCCGCCGACGAGCACAACCCCCAGGCUGCAAGUGACCGGGCAGAGUUUGUUGCCGGGACCAUGCUGGGGGAUGUAUCUGACCGGGAUUCGCGGUCCCCCUCCGACGAGGACUUCAACUACUCGGCUGAGGAGGACGACGACAUGGGCGACCCCCCCGGGGAGCAUGUCGCGCUUCCCACGGCCCACUUCGAUGCCUCCUAUACCUCUCCGCGCAAGCGUCAGCGCUUCACGGUGGACAACUAGUGCAAAUAGAGAAGAGGGUCCUGCUUCCGCAAUGCCUUGCAUUUUUGCGUCCCGCCUUCCCCCUCCCUUGCGCCUCUGCCCUUUUCAAGAAACACAUCUGCAGGAGAGG